UUGAGAAAUUUGAAUGCGUCGCAAAUCCGAGGCCCUUCGCAUUGCAAUGCAAACUAACAUCUCGUUGCCACUCAAGCUUCAAGUCCAAUCUCUCUUUGAGGUAUGCCCAAUGCUUGAAUUAAGGUAGAUAUAUUCUCUUUCCUUCUGCCAUUUUCGGAGUUAUCAGGGUAUUUCUUGAGAAUGAGUUUGCAUUGUUGUAGAGCAAUGCAAUUAUAUUCUAUCAACAAUUUGUCGAGAUCCUUUCUCUCUCGGUUCUCUACUCUUGUUUCUUCCCUGACCCAAGCCUCAGCAGAACACAUUUCCAUCAUUGAUUACCUAAACACCAAUUUCAAAUUCUCUAAAUCUCAGUUCGACUACUCUCAAAACGACUAUCUCAGGUUAGGUGCCCUCCGCAUCCAAGGACAGCGGUAAAUUAUUUGAAACAGAUUGGACUUUCUGAAUCGCAGAUUCUGUCCAUGAUUGGUGUUCAACCCCAAAUAUUGUUCUUGCGUGUCGAUGAAACCCUGAAGCCGAAAAUUGAGUACCUUAAGCUGCUAGGGUUUCAGGGCUCUGAAUUGGCUAAGCUUCUGUCCAAGAAUCCAAUUUUUUUGAUGUUGAGUUUGAAUAAAACGUUGGUGCCCUCUGUGGGGGCUAUUAGGAAAAUAGUUAAUGUAGAGGAAGAUUUGAUUAAGUUGCUUCGCAGAGAUGGGAGUUGGAUAAUCAAAGACCACAGAAAGAUUUUGCGCAAUGCUUCUUUCUUCCAGAGUUGUGGGAUCGUUGGGUCUCAGCUUUCACAUUUAUGCGUACAACAUGCUCGCCUUUUUGUCAUGCGAGAGUCCGUGCUUCGAAGCUAUGUUUCACGGGCUGUAAACAUGGGUUUCUGCAUACACUCAAGAAUGUUGGUACAUGCGGUCCUGGCAAUUAGUGGCUUAAGCUUUGAUACGUUUAACAAAAAGUUGGAGUCAAUUCAGAGUUGCGGGUUUUCUAAACAAGAGACCAUGCAAAUGCUUAGAAAGGCUCCCUCGUUGCUUCAUCGAUCUGAGAAGAAUCUAAAAUUUGGAAUUCAAGCGUGCUUGGGUAAAAUUAUGCUGCCUAAGUCACUGCUUGUUAAGAACCCUGUGAUUUUGACGUUAAGCUUGGAGAAAAGGGUGAUUCCUCGAUGGAGGGUUUUGCAACUCCUAAUCUCAAAAGAGUUACAUAAGAAGAAUCCAAGUUUUCUUAAAGUGCUACUAUUGCCGGAGGGGAAAUUCUUGCAGGAGUAUAUUUUCAAGUUUAGCUAUGAUGUAGAGGCAUUAUUAGCAGCUUACAAGAGUCAGCAUAGAGGAAGGAAUGGGAGUUUCAAUUCUGAUGCCAUUUUUCUCAGUUAA